AAAUUGAAGUUCAAACAGACAACCAAAGCUAAAAAAUCCCCUCAAUUGAGUGAUGAAUCAUUAAAAAAUUAGGGUAAAACUUACUUAUUGUAUUAAAAUUAGAAUAAAGUGUAAAUAAAUCAAAAAUACAUAAUUAGUGUGCAAAAUUGCUAAUUACUCCUCAUUGAAAAACGCUCACUGUCCCCUGCUACACUCCAACUCCGGCGGUGAAUUUUGAACUUGAACAACAAAGAAGUAACAUACACGCGCAGCCGUUGUUCCGGUGACAAUGUCGACCGGCUUUUCAUUCUCCUCUUCCACUGCUACGACGUCGUCCGCUUCCGGUUCUAACCCAUUUUCCAUGGCCUUUCCAAGCCCUAAUUCCGCCGCCUCUGCUCCGUCUUUCGGCUUCGGUAAUUCUGCUUCUUCAGCCUCUUCCGCUCCCCCUUUUGGUCUUGGUUCUUCUACCGCUGCUUCAGGUUCCGCUCCUGCACCCAGUCUAUUUGGGUCAACUUCCGGGUCGGGUAUGACGACGAGCCUAUUCGGAUCCACUGCUUCUGCAAGUAGUUCGCCGCUGUUUGGGGUGAAUUCAGCUACUGCCGCUGCUAGUUCAUCCCCAUUUAGUGGUGGUUCUUCGACUUUCGGGUCGUCUAGUGCGCCGUCUUCGGGUUUGUUUGGGUCUAGUUCGGGUUCUGGUUCGGGCUUGUUUGGGUCUAGUUCGGGUUUGUUUGGGUCUAGUUCGAGUUCUGGUUCUGGCUUGUUUGGGUCUAGUUCGGGCUCUGGUUCGGGUUUGUUUGGGUCAAGUUCGGGUUCGGGUUUGUUUGGUUCUUCUUCGUCUUUUUCGUCAUCAACUGGUGCUGCGUCUACUGGAACAGCAGCAACUAGUGCUAGUACAAAUCCGUUUUCUUCAUCUGUGUUUGGGUCUUCUUCUGCUUCUUCAUCUUCACCUUUUGGUGGAUUAUCUACAGCUUCUCCAUUUGCUUUUCCGUCAUCAACGGCCUCCUCGAUUUCGGCGUCGAGUUCAGCUUCUUCUUCAUCUUCAUUUUCGUUUGCUAGCUCGGCACCGGCCAGUUCGUUUUCCUCUUCAUCUACAUUUUCCUUCCCUGGCGCUUCACCCGCAAGUUCAGCUUCUUCUGCACCGGCAUUUUCAUUGUUUAGUUCUUCAACUACCUCUUCUGUAUCUGCACCUGGAUUUUCACUUACUACUGCAUCAGCUAGUUCUGCAGCGUCCACACCAUCAUUUUCAUUUUCGACCUCGAGCUUAGCAGCAUCAGCUCCAACAUUUUCAUUAUCAACCCCGAGUUCAGCAGCAUCAGGUUCAGCAUUUUCAUUAUCAACCCCGAGUUCAACAGCACCUGCACCUGCACCUGCACCUGCAAUUUCCUUUUCCAUGCCUGCCACAGCUUCUUCGUCCCCAUCACUGUUUUCACCUUCUACGGGUCUGUCAUUUUCGGUUGCAAAAGCGUCAGAAAGCUCUGUAACAGCUUCUGCUUCUUCUUCAAGUGCUCCGGUGUCAACACCUGCUAGUGCUGGGUUUUCAUUUGGCUCAUCGCCUUUGUUUUCAACUUCUACUACCACCCCUAGCAUUUCUACAACUGUAGUUGCUACUACUGGAGCUUCUUCUACAACUUCUGGGACUGGUUUUUCUCUGACAUUUCCGGCGUCCACUUCUUCAGCUUCAACUACUAGUGCUGUUUCUCCAUCCACAAGUUUUUCGUUGUCUGACAAAGCAUCUGCACCAGCUUCAUCCUCGCCAUCUCAAUCAACUGCGGCUCUGCCAAGCUUUGGUGUCCCAAGCACAACUUCUGGAACUGCAACAAGUUCAGCUGCUCAAACAUCAUCAGCCUUGACUGUGGCUUCUAGUAGUGGGACCACUUCAACUUCUACUGUAGCUGUCACUUCUACACCGAAAUUACCAUCAGAAAUUACAGGAAAGUCUGUAGAAGAGAUCAUCAAGGAAUGGAACGCUGAGCUGCAGGAACGCACUGCAAAAUUUAGAAAGCAGGCUCAUGCAAUAGCUGAGUGGGACAAAAGGAUCUUGCAGAAUCGUGAUAUUCUUCUCAAACUUGAGAGUGAAGUUGCAAAGGUUGUUGAGACACAAGACAGCUUAGAGCGGCAGCUGGAGCUAAUUGAGACUCAUCAGGAUGAGGUUGACAAGGCAUUGCAAAGCAUGGAAGAAGAAGCUGAGCGAAUUUAUAAAGAUGAGAGAGGAGUGAUUCUUGAUGAUGAAGCUGCAUCAACAAGGGAUUCAAUGUAUGAACAGGCUGAGUUUGUGGAGAGGGAAUUGGAGAAGAUGACAGAGCAGAUCAAGUCAAUCAUUAAUACUCUUAAUGCCAGCCAGGGUGGAGAACUUGAGGCAACUGAUGGAAUGACACCGAUUGAUGUUGUUGUCCGAAUCUUGAACAAUCAAUUGAGUUCAUUGAUGUGGAUUGAUGAAAAGGCUGAAGAAUUCUCAUCUCGUAUUCAGAAGCUUGAAAGCGAAGGGUCUGCUGCCAAAUGCGAAUUAACGGGCCCUAAAUUAUGGUUGACUCGGUGAUUGGUGCACUCUACUCAGUUCUAGUAGACAUAUAAAUCCAAAGGCCUCUUGUAUCUUUUGUGGGUCUCGUUUCUCCUUCCAGCUGUGUAUGCCAUUGGGUUCUAUCCAGAGAUAUCAUGACAAAAUGAUGUUUAUAGACUAAAAGGCUGAACAGAGUUCUCCGCCCUUUUUUUUUUUUAAUAUCCUUUAUUUUCUCAAUAUAGUUACGGUUUUGUUUGCUAUGGUUAUGGUUUUCACCACUUUCCCCCCCAAGUUGAAGCAUAAUGGUUUCAUUUGAUAG